CUGCAAUUUACCGACCUACCUUUAUGAUCCCUUUGCAACGACACGACUGCAGAGCCGCAACACUCCACCAGCAUCCAGGUGGGCGGCCUCCCGAACGGUAGGCUAGCCCCUACUGCUUGCAUUGGAAACCGGUGAAGGAGACCGACGAAUGAGCGCAAACGUCGAACAAGCCAACCGUUUUCAGCUUCAAGCGCGCAGCGAUGCUUACCCCGAUAAGGUGCAACGCUGCUCCGACUCCGGUCUAGAGGCGCUUCGAUGGCGGUUGCGUUUGAGGAAACGGCGCGCAUGCGAGGGUGCCCGCCCUGGUGAGAUAGCGGAUGUGCAUGCCGCCCUGCAGGAAGCUGUUAUGCACGUUCCUGACCGUCGGGAGGAUCCCCGCAGGUCUCGGAUGCAGCUCGCAGCACCUUUCGGUUCGCCUUACGGGUGGAGCAUGUGUUGGGGGCUGCUGGAGAAGCACAACAGUGGCCCACCUCAUCAAGCCUGCUCAGCCUGAGGCCGCUGUAUACUAGGUUUUACCGCGCAAUGGCACGCUCAGCU